AUGAGUUCGGCGUACGUUCAGCAGCAGUACAAUCAUAACGCGAUGUACGGUGGCGGAGGUAUGAUGGGGUCGGGAGUAGGCGGAAUGCUCGAUGCCACGUCCUACAACCCUUACAACAGUGUGUCUGCCAUGGGUAUGGGAGGAGGAGCAGGACUCUGUUAUGGCUACGGUACGGAUAGUGGAGCUUCGGAAGGUUAUCACAGUCCCGGGCCGGUUUCGAGUCCUGAAUCGUACUACAACAAUACAAGCCCAGCCGAGUAUAGUCCUGCUAGCCCAUAUGCAAAUUAUGGAUACUGCAGUGGAGGCAAUUCUGGAACGGGAAUUCAAAGCACCCACAGUAAUAGUACUACCAGCAGUAAUCAAAACAUAUCCUGCGAGUCGUACUACAGCUAUGCCAGUAAUAACUUCAAAACCGCCUGUCCCACCGUACCACGGUAUAGUGCGGCCGAAUCGAGCCAAUCAUCCGAUCGUUCUACACUGUUGAAUGGUUUCCUAAAGCGAGAAGAAAGUAGCCAGUCAGUUGAAUCGCGACCUGCUGCAACAAUUGCUACGAAACGACCUGCUGUCAUCACCCACCAACUGCCACUCGGUGGUAGUUACUACAACCCCUACGCGGUACCGAUGGCUCGUAAUCGAUCCAGCCCUACGCACAGUUCCAGCAGUUCCGUAUCUCCGACACCAUCGCAAUCCAGUGGACAAUCGGUGGUGGUAGUGCAGCCGGAAAUUGUAAAGAAGCGCCGCCUAGCGGCAAACGCACGAGAACGACGAAGAAUGAACAGUUUAAACGAUGCAUUCGAUCGGCUGCGGGACGUGGUACCAUCGUUGGGGAACGAUCGUAAGCUGUCCAAGUUCGAGACGCUCCAGAUGGCACAGACGUACAUAGCGGCAUUGAAUGAACUGCUUUCGCGCGACUGAGUGCAGUGUUGCGAAUGUUCGGGUGUUAAAUAAUGUACAAUACUUUAUAGUGCUUUAGAAGAGCCAUGCAGCGGGUGCUACGACCACUUAAGGAUUAACGAUGUAAAAAUGUAAAACUAUUAUCAAGAAAUUUGAAGCAGUAACUUGUAAAUAGAUUCGGAGCAUUUGCUCAAUUCACAGUGGAGGGAAAGCUAACAUACCAAGAGUAAUCUAGAAUUAGUAGAGUUACAAACUGCAGCGAUGUAUUUCGAACAGAUUACAGUAAAAUUAGUGAUGUAUAGAUAACUUUGCUGUCCUUCUAUAUCUUGGGUCAUUAGACAAGCGAAAACGAUCGGAAUAAACACACAAACGAGAUAGCGAGAGAGGCAAGACUAGAUUUGUAUAUUUAAGAAUUUAAUGUGUGACCCAUGUGUUUGCAGUAGGUCACUCUCGAUUGUGGACCCUCACCGGGUCGUAGUGUGAGGUGGCGUGUGAUGCGCUGCACGCUGGAAUCAGCUCCAAAGCGAACAGUAAAAACCGUACCGUCAUGGUGGUAAAGGGUGGAAUACUUCGAUAAUCGUGCACAAUUGCCCGAAAUUAAGGUGUGAAAUCGAAAACGAAAUAAGCGAUAACAGACGCGCAAAGUGGCGUCCACAACCGUGUAGAGAGAGCCGGGAGGAAAGUACAGAAAUAUGCCCAGUAAAU